UUUCCACUGUUUAAGUUUCUUUUCAGCAUUAUCCUUCCAAUAUAACUUUAGUUUAAAUAAUUUUUAAAACUGUUCAGUCAGAAGUUUUGAUAAAAAAAAGUGUUUGAAUUUCUAAAAUAUUAUCAGAUUGGAUUUAAAUAAUUAAAAGUGAAGAAGAAUUGUUAGAAAAAAUACGUCAAGCUUAAACCGGAUUAAAAUUUCAUUAAUCUUUUAAAAUGAGAAAAAUUUUCUUAAUUUUUCUUGUGGCUUUUGUUUAUAAUGUCAAGGCAUGGCCACAUGUUAGGAGAAGUAGUCCCAUGGAGAUACUUCUACCAAAAAAAAUCCACACACUUUCAGAAUGUAUGCAAGUGACAUCUGAAGAUGGAGUUUUUACAUAUCGAAAAGUUCUUCGAAAAUCUUCAAGAUUUUCUGAUGGUCUUCACUUCAUGGAAGUUGAGCCAAACGAAUCUCAUGUGUGCGGCGUUUACUUCAUAACCGAUCCUGAUAAGGUUGUAGAAAUUGAAAUUGAUUUCAUGGAUGUCAGCUGUGAACUUGGGGGACUUCUCGGGUUUGUUGACGGCUGGGAAUUGAAUGGAGAAUAUUUUCCGGGAAUUCAUGAUCAUGAAUUGAAUCUCGAAAAUCGUAUCGAUGAAUUCUGUGACAAACCUUUUGCGUACAAGAAGAAAAUAAAUCGGAAAAAGAAAUUUAUUUCACAUCAGAAUGCUGCUGUCUUUCAAUAUAAAAUUCCGAUUCAAGGAGCUUUUGCAAUCACCGUACGAUAUCUUCAUAAUCCGAAGCCUUGCAAUAUUAUGGCUGAAGGUGUUGCUCCUUAUUAUCUUCUUCAAAACUAUGGCACAAGUCGAAAUUGUACAGUAACAGCAACAUUUCCGGCUGUUGUGUCCAUUGAAGGAAUUUCUGUUGGAGGCAAUGAAGCAGAUGUCAAUUAUGAUUGCGAUCAACCAAAUGCAUUUGACAAAGUGAUUGUUGGUGGUUCAUCUGGUCUUGAUUCACAUCAUCUUACAAAGGCAACGACAAUCUGCGGUAAAUCCCAAAUCAAAGGUCCAGAACAAGCAAUCUUCUGUGGUGUUACUUCAAUUCGACUCGACUCAAGCGGCAAGUAUAACAAUAAAGUUAUCGUUGCACUUCGCCCAGCUGAUGAAACUGACAUCAGCUUAGCAACAGCUGUUUGUGAUUUGUAAAAUUUUUACUGAGAUUAUUUGAGAGUGAUAAAGAAAAGUGAAAAGAGGCUUAUAACUUUCCUUCAUCGUUCUCACUGUAUCCGUAAUUCACUUUUAACGUAAAACUGUAAAAGAAACAAAGAAAGCUCCCUAAAGCUGUCGAGUCACAAAUACGUGGAAAUUUAUCAUUAAUUGUACAUAAAAACUUCAUUUAUCUCAAAAGCCAUUGAGCUUUGAAUGAAAAAAUAAUCAACUUUAAAAAACAAUUGUGUCAUAAAGAAGAGAUUCAUGGAAAACAAAAAUAAAUUCUUGGAAAUUCACCAAAAAGGAUGAAAGU